AUGCUGCGUGUGUGGCUGGCAUCAGGUGCGCUUUUGGUCAGUGUUCCUGUGGAGGAGCUCAGCGAUGUGAAGAGCCUGAAGAGGAACUUGCAGCUACUCUGCAAAGUACCACGAUUCAGACAGAGACUUCUCCAUCAAGGUGUCGCUCUAGAUGACAAAGAAAGGCUGGAACUCCCGACGGACGUGCAUCUGGUGAUGCUGCCAUUUGCAUCUGCAACGGAAGAGCAAAGAGACGAGCUCGUCAACGCAGUAGAGCAGAAUCGGCUUCCUCAGAUUGAGGAGAUCCUGCAGCGACCUCAAGAUCCGAGCCUGACAGACACUUUGGGUAGAACACCCCUUGGCAUGGCGUCGGAUGGCGA